AAUCGCGUAACGGAAACAACCUCAGAGCUAAGAAGCAGAGCCGCUGUGGAGAGCCCACUUUGCUCUGUUUUUUAUCGUGAUCUGCAGGGGAAGGCCGCGAGGGAGAUGAAAUUUGAAAUGAAUUUGGCGUUUUGGGUGUUAGUGGUGCUUACCGGCUCAUCGCAGACACGAGGUCAGAGCAGUGCUUUGCCUCCUGUCCUCCCCCUGGCUGCCCUCCAGAGUCACACCGGACCCUCAGCAUCUCCUGACCUGACAGAGGAUCCUGGCAAUGAGGCCUCACAGUGGACACAUAAUCCUGCAGGCGAGGAUGAAACCUCAACUGAAACUUUUACCAUCAUCAAGAUGGAAGGGACUGUCCGUUCAGAGACUGCGACAAAUGCAGAAUAUAAAACACACACAAGCUCUGCAGUGGCUACAACUCAGCACAUGAAUGUUCCUGCCAUCCUGACCGGUGCUCCUUCACCUUCAGUUGCCGCAGAGACCCUCUCAUCCACGCUGACUGUACAGAGCAUCACCCCUCCACUGCACAUCUCCACCACUGAAGGCAGAGCCAUUCUGACCUCAGAUCCCCUCAACACCUUUUCAUCUCAGCCGGCCCACACAAUACAGGACACAAGCGCCACAGCCUCCGCCUCCACCAUCCAGUCACAGUCUGAAUCACUGACCACAUCCACUACACAGCCAGCAACCACAGGACGCCCUCUGACCUCAGCUCCAGGCCGGGCUCCUGCUGGGCCAACGCACUGGGAGAUCCCAUCUGAGCUUAACAUUGGAGAUGAAGACCUAAAAGGGCCUCGCUAUCACUCAAGCUCUCCUCUAGACCCCCUGCUGGCUGGCCUGCUGUCAGUGUUCAUCGUCACUACUGCUAUCGUCUUCGUCAUUCUCUUCCUCAAGUUCCGCCAGCGGACAAACCACCCUGAGUUUCAUCGGCUGCAAGAUCUACCCAUGGAUGAUUUGAUGGAGGACACACCUCUCUCCAGAUACAGCUACUGAUGGACGCAUUCUGUCAGACAUUUCCACUCCUCAGAGACCAGAAGCAAAUCAGACACCAAAGAAAGACCCGUAUGGAUCUGAGAACAGCAUUUGUCUGGAUGCAGCCGCAUCUCUGCAGACAAGUUUUGGGUCAGUGAUAAAAAAAAGAAUAAUAAUUAUCAGUGGUUCCAUGAGAAGGAUCCAUAAAGUUGUUAUAAUGGGAGGAUUCAGAAACACUUUUUUCCACAUUCCCUUUAAAUUAUCGGAGAUUUUCAGUCAAGUGGAAACUUUUUGUUUAUGUAAAUAGUGCCUCUGCAGCCCUGACUGGAUCCACAUGUAUGCACAGCACUUUAAUGUGGCAGGAAUGGUCGUAGUGACCCCUUGGGGACAUCUGAGGUCAUGUGGACCAGGGUUGCAUUUAGUCCUCCAAUGUAAUUAAUAGAAAACCUCAGGUUAUCCAGCAAGAAAUAAGACAGUGAAAGACGUGGGAAAGUUGUCAACAUGCCUAAGAAUUAUUAAGAAAUAUAAAUUAUGAUCCCCUAUGUGACCAAAUAUUAGUGAAGUGCACUUUCAAACCAAUUGCCUAUUUGCAGGUGUUG